AUGGAACAUUUAAGAAGCCACACCGGGGAAAAGCCAUUUUCAUGUUCUGAAUGUGAAAAGUGUUUUAGCCAGAAAUCAAAUCUUGUGAAGCAUCUAAGGGUUCACACAGGAGAGAAGCCAUUUUCGUGCUCAGAAUGUGGAAAAUGUUUUAGACAAAAAUCUGCCCUUGAAAAACAUCAGAAAACUCACUCAGGGGCAGAGCCGUUUCUAUGUCCUCAAUGUGGGGAGGAAUUUAGUCAGAAAUCAAGUCUUGUGGAACAUCUAAGAAGUCACAGAGAGGAGUUGCCGUUAUCAUGUUCAGAAUGUGGGAAAAAUUUUAGCAGGUAUUCAAAUCUUAUGGUGCAUCUAAGAACUCACACAGGAGAGAAGCCAUUUUCAUGUUCAGAAUGUGGGAAAUGUUUCAGCCACAAAUCAAGUCUUAUAAAGCAUCUAAGAACUCACACAGACAGAAAGCCAAGUUCAUGUCCAGAAUGUGGGAAAUGUUUCACCCGCAAGUCAAGUUUUAUUCACCAUCUGAAUGCACACACUGAGAAGAAGCCAUUUUCAUGUUCAGUCUGUGGAAAAUGUUGUAGUAAGAAAUCAAAUCUUGUGGAACAUCUUAGGAUACACACAGGCGAGAAGCCAUUUUCAUGUUCUGAAUGUGGAAAGUGUUUUAGCUGGAAAUCGGGUUUUCUUAAACAUCAGAGAAUUCACAGAGGAGAGGAGCCAUUGUACAAAAUGUGA